GUGUCCACGUUGCAAUACUAGAGCUCCACCCACUCUGACUCAGUACAGAUGGUCGCCAUGAACACCAUCACAUCCUCGUUCUCAUUCCCAUGCUCCAUUUCUUUCUUCCCAGCCCUCAAAACACCUCCUUCCUUCCCUUCUCUCUCUCCUUUCAUCGCCAAUUGCAGCCACAGAACUGCGCCGGACCCACACAUCUCCACCGCCUCCGCUUUCGCCGUGCUCGGCGUCGACCCCGGCUGCACCCCCGCCCACCUCAAAGCCGCUUUUCGAGCCAAAGUUAAGGAAUUCCAUCCUGAUGUAAGAAAAGAUGGGGGAGACUCGGAGACAAUGAUUCGUCGCGUAAUUCAAGCCUAUGAGUUGUUAUCCGACUUCCACAAAUCAGAUGUAAUUGAGAGUUGUCAGGAAUGUUUAGAUCCCUUUGAAGAUCCAGAAUGUGAAGCAUUUGACAUCUUCGUUAAUGAGGUUCUCUGUGUUGGCAAAGCAUGUCCAUAUUCAUGCGUAAAAACAGCACCCCAUGCCUUCACAUUUGCAUCUUCUACUGGUACUGCACGCGCAACUUCUCAAGGACAUGGUGAAGAUUACCAAGUUCAGCUUGCAGUUGGGCAGUGCCCAAGAAGUUGUAUCCAUUAUGUCACGCCUUCACAGAGAAUUAUCCUGGAGGAGCUGCUUGACAGCAUCUUGAGCACUCCUUAUGAUACUUCAGCCGAAGCAGACUUGCUUUAUUCUCUUAUUGCCAAAGGGAAAUUUGAGAACAACCGGUACCAAAAGCCUAAGAAGCAGCCCAAGGCUUCAACCCAACAUGUUGAUUGGUUUUGACAUUUGGAUUCGCAAUGAUGAUAUGGUUCAAUGGAGGACUAACAGCAGCAGUUCUAAGACAAAAGAAUCAUGCAGAAACUUGCUAGCAAAACUCCUGUUCAUCCUUGGAAUAUUGACUGAAUUGGUGAAAGGUCCGAGCAGAAGCAUGAAGAAUCUUUAAAAUUUAACAGAGCCUGAGUCGUCCAAUAAGCUGUAUUUGUUGUUCAAAAUGACAUGCUGUUAUGUUCAUCCCCUUUGUGAGGGAGAUGUUUUGUGAAUACAAAUGAAUGUAAUUGCUAAAAGGAAGCCUCGUUCUGCAGGACUUGUUGGAACAGAUCUUAUCACUAAAGAUUGCUACAGUGACCAUUUCUAGUA